CAGUGGGGCGCGCAUAUAUCUACUAGGGUAAAGUGAAAUUCAAUUGGCCACCCGUGUGUUACCUAGCAGUUUUUUUCUGUGUGUGGCAGACUUAGCAUGACUGUGCUGUUUUCUCUGUGUACUGCAAUCUCAUUGGCCACCUGUGUAUAGCCCAGCUAAACUACCUCUAUAAAAGUUAGUUUGUGAGGCUGAGAGGGGUCCCCUCUUUGCAAGAGAUGGCCCUGGCCGAUCCUCACAUUGGAGGGAGCACCCAGAUUCAAACGACGAGAACUGAGCCAGCAUCGGAAUUUUUGGGAAAAGCCUCCGGAGCUCGUUCCCCUCAUGGUCAUGGAAGGUGACUGCCGCAGUACCAGGCAUGACACGAAGAUUCAACAAUAUGAGAGAUGAAGAGAGACCACUUCUACUAUGUAGUAGACCACAAACUCCAAGGUUUAGCAGCACAGUUUAAAGAAAUGGACUUCACCAAGGAUAGUCUGACCCAGAGAUUUGAACAGCACAGCAAGGCUUUGGCAAGCCAGGCAGCCCAGGAUGAGCUGUGGAGAGCAGUUCUGGCCCCCAAAUUCACUUCAAUGGAACUGAAUAUUUUAUACAGCUAUGUCACUGAAGUUCUCAUCUGCUUGCACACUCGUGUGCUUGACAAGCUGCCAGACCUGGUGCGAGGUCUUCCCACCUUAACCUCUAUCCUGAGACGAAAAGUCAAGAACCAGCGCAUUGGAGUUGUGUGGGAGUCUGUCCUGGAGGAGUGUGGGCUGCAAGAAGGAGAUAUCACAGCACUUUGUACCUUCUUUAUUGCCCAUGGCCACAGGGCAGAAUACUAUGGUGCUAAAGUGAGACAGAUGUAUAUCAGGGAUAUCACUUUCCUAAUCACUAACAUGGUAAAGAAUCAGGCUCUGCAGGAUGGUUUGCUGAAGGCUGUUCAGAUCAUUGAGAAGGGAAAAGCAGUGAGGGCCCCCAAAGAGCAAAAAUCAUUGCUAAAAGAGUUGCUACCAUCAGUCAGAAACUAAUUUUGAUGACCAAGAGGUUCUACUUCUAGGAAUUUAUCUUGCAAAUGGGGGGAAAAGAUGCAUGUACAAUUUAUUACAGGUUUAUUUUUAUAGCAAAAGUGAGGGAAGCCUUAAAUAUGAUAAAUUGAUACAAUGGAUACUUUUUGUGUAGCAAUAUUAGAGCAUGAAGAAGUUCUUUGUGUAACUGUAAAAUGAUAUGGAGUUAUCACCAAGAUGUAUUGUUUUCAAAUAUUUCCUAUAUAUUGUGAAGUAGGAAAAAAGGGCAAAGGGCAAAAACAUACACACACACACACACACACACAAGCUAAUAUAUCCACAAAAUUCAUAAACUUUUUCUGGAGAGAUAUAUUAGAAAGUAAGAACAUUGGUUGUGUCAGGAGAAAAAACAAAGAGGCUAGGGGUCAAAAGUAGGAGGAAUUAUUUUCACUGUUACUCCAUUUUGUAAAUUUUUGAAUUUUGAGCCAUGUGAAUGUACUACAUACUAAAAGACAAAAAAAAAAAAAAAACAACAAUAAAAACACCUAAUAUAUAUUG